UGAUUUAUGCAGCCAUGUCCACUCAGGAGCUCUUUGUUGCUGCAGCUCGUAAAUGUCUGUCUGCUGGGAGGAAAUCUCUCUCCGUUCCUCAGAGUCUGGACCAGGCUGCUCAGGUCUCGGCUGUCGAUUUGGGGUUGAAAUCUGCUCUUCUGUACGACAGCAACGGCGCCAGCGCAGAGCAGGUGCAGCGCUACUUGAGCUCUUUGCAGUCUCUCCAGCUUGUGUCUAAGUCACUUGUCACACUGGAUUUAAAUGGAAACAGCCUCAUUGUUAAUCCGGUUACAGUCAGAUCAAAUCUAGAGCAGGUUCUUUGCACCGGCAGCGUGGCUGUGAUCGACGUCUGCCACUCGCUGCAGAAGCCUGCCAUCUCCAAGCCGCUGAGAGGAGAGCUGAGGAGCAUGAUACAAGAUUUGCUGCUUCUUCUUGGAGAGUCUCAGCGACUCGAGGAGGCCGAGAAGGUCGUUGAUGUUGGAGAGAAGUCUGAGGAAUGGAACCUGUGCACAGCGUUUGGGCUGUUGUUGGGUUACCCCGUCACCUACUGGUUUGAUCACGCUAAGAGCUUUGAGAAUUGUUUGUCCAUGACUCCCCUGACGGUGAUUACGGCUUCAGCAACAUGGCAGUCAGACGCUGCAGGUCACAGAUGUUGUCUGUAUUCAUUCAGCAUCCCGGCUGCUCUGCACGAAGAGACGCAGGCCAACCUGGAAAACUGGAGGCUGCGUCUUCGAGAGAGAUUCGAGCAGCAGCGCGUCUUACAGGAUCUCACUGUUAGUCAGUCCUCGGUCACUUUGCCCUCCGUCUGUUUGUGAUGCAAAAAUAAAAUGCUCUGGGAUGUGUGGGUUUAUUUAUCACGCCAUUAAAGUGUGUCGAAACAUG